AUGUUCAAACUUCAGCCUUUGCCACAAAGAUGUCAUCAUCUUAAGAGCACCAAGUCAUUGCUAAAUCACUCAAAUAUGAAGAGAAGUUCAGUUGAGUUGCUGCUACAGUACAGAUGGCGUAAGGCUCUUGGUCUUUGCAUGGAAUGUGGCAAGCCUGUCAAACAUGGAGGUGUGCAGUGCUCACUGUGUCAGUUCUUCAGAUACUGCAGUCCGCAGUGUCUAGACAAAGACAGAGAGGUGCACACGCCUAUGUGUAAGGUGUUUAUAUUCAUCCGAGAGAUGAGACAGGUGUCCCCUGAAUGUGCAACAAUGAUGUCAGAAGAUGUAAUACAUAGAGCACAACUCCUAGAUUGUGAAGGAAACCUGAUCUCACCUUCUGUCAUGGAAGAUGUAUAUGUGGUGAACAGUUCCAGCAGCUUCUCUAGGCCUAUAGCACACGUUGUAACUGGAUCCAAAAGUGACACUGAAGUCUUGAACAGUAGUGAAAGUAUUGAUGAUGCUCUAUCAAAGCAGGAAAGUGCAUCAGUAAAUGAUACUGAAUCUGAAAGUACCGGCAAAUGCAAGGAUUAUACAAGAUUCACUAAUGAAAGGGAAUCCACAAGUGGUAUUAAAUUUAAAAAAGAUAUUGAAUCCAAGACUGACAGUGAAAUCUUGAGCACUAGUGGAUUCAAGAGUGGCAGGGGAUCAGACAGUUUCACUGGAUUAAGAGAUAACAGUGAUUUAAAGAAUGAUAAUGGAUUUACAGAUGAAACUAGAUGCAAGACAGAUAAUACGCUCAAGAGUGGAAGCCAGUCUGAAAGUGACUCUAAAACAAGCAGAAGUAAGGUGCAAAGCCCAGAUCCAGCCCAAAAAUAUGUUACUGCCACAUUCACAGUUAAAAUAAACAAUGGUGGAAAACCCACAGUUGUAUCAGAAGUAUUUCAACAAAAGUCUUCAUGUGGAGCAGAAGGAAGUUGUGUACGUGGGCAGUUUAAUGUACCUGACUGUAUGAAGCAAUACAUAACUGCUUGUGCAAAAUAUCGGCAAGCCACAAAGGGUUCCUGUCAUGAUAAAUUACUGAAUAAUAAUCAGGCAAGUCAGCAGAAGUCAUCUGAUAGAAUAUCUAAUUUCAGCAAUACAGAAACUAACCCUACCAUCAGACAACGUGGUGAAGCAGCAAACCAGAGUAGUGGUGUAGAAAACAGUACAGCAGUGCAUAAACUUCCUAACAGUGAAGGCCAUCUUGGCAAGAAUGAUGCACAUUCCAGUAAUAGCGAGACUGGAAACCGAAAUAUUUCUAAUAACUGUAGUCUGACCAGCAAACCUGAAUCGUUUGGAUUAAGUUGGUGGCAAAAAUCUAACAAAGACUCUUCCAAAAAAUCUACACAAGGAAAUGCAUCAAGUAAACAGCCCAGCAGUGAUAAAAAUCAGCAAACAGAAAAUGGAAGCAAAGAAAAGUCAUCCAGGAGCAAAGUUUUUGAUUCUGGUGAUCGGAAAGUUCCUGGCUCUGUUGAAACAAGCAAACAAACUGAGUCACAAGAAUAUGGCUUAGGAUGGUGGCAAUGCCGUUUACCACAAACAAGUUCUUCAACUACCAAACAUGAAAUUAAACAGGAAUCACAAACAGGACAAUCAAGCUAUGAAAACAGGCAACAGGUACCUGAUCCUCAUCAAACAGCAAGUAAUUCAUGCGAAUCUGGUAAAGUUCCUAGCAAAGAUGGUGCAGUAGACAAGAAAACAUUUGAUAAAAGUAAUUCAAGUAGGACAGCAAGCAGUAACCAUUCCUUGGAUAGGGAUGCAUCUGCUGAAAACACCCAUUUGAACACUCCUGGACAGAAUGGGGCUUCCGAAACUAGUACGGAUAGACAAGCACCACAAUGUGACGAUUUUGGUGCCGGAUGGUGGAAGCCUCCUACAAAAGUUCGUAACACAAAGAGUGAGAAUUCAACAAAACCUACAACUGAUAAGGCUUCUACCAGCAAGCCAGAAUGUGCGGAUGAGCAGAAAAAACAGAGAGAUAAAAGCUGUGAUAAUGUAAAUACUUGUACAGAUCUCAUCCCUUUUAAAGUCUCUUUAACAGCAGAACACAUUGUGAGAUUUGCCAAAGUAGCCUCCCGUAUUUUAUCAAGUCUAAUUCACACUGAAGCUAUGCAUGGGCGAGUGAUUAGGAUGGGGCUCAUUUCAGUUCCUGCUUUGUGGACAGCUUCUCUUGGAGGCUCUCGGGUCACAUUGGUGGUAGAGAUUGUCAUGAGAAUUCCUGGUAUGAUGCCUGGAGUAAUCGUCCAUGAUGAGUUAGGCCAUUUUGCCCAAGUACUCUUCAAUACCUCAGAAUCAAAGAUGUAUACAGUUCCUGGUACAAACGGCCUGCUGACACUGCCCAUAUCUGCCUGUCUGAGGCCGGGAACUUUUGUACUGCUGCGGGCUGUCAGCUGGGAGCAGCUGCAAGAUGGCAGUUUGAUUAUUGUGAUGAAAGAUAUGUCCUGUGUCGAUUUUAUUUUUUAUGAAUUGUUUAAGUAG